AUGGGGACCCCCUCCCCGCAGGCGGUGCUGGUGCUCGCUGUGGCGCUGGUGGGGCUCUCAGCUCCUCGAGCAGCGUAUGGGCAGCCCAACUUCAUCGUCAUCCUGGCGGAUGAUGUGGGCUGGGGGGAUCUUGGGGCCAACUGGGCAGAGACGAAGGAGACCCCGCAUUUGGAUGAGUUGGCAGCCGAAGGGACAAGAUUCGUGGAUUUCCACUCGGCUGCCUCCACUUGCUCACCGUCCCGCGCCUCUCUGCUCACGGGGCGCCUUGGCGCACGCAAUGGGGUGACCCACAACUUCGCCAUCACGUCGGUCGGCGGCCUCCCCCUGAACGAGACCACCCUGGCCGAGGUCCUGCGGGAGGCUGGGUACAGCACGGGGGCUAUAGGCAAGUGGCACCUGGGACACCACGGCCGCCAUCACCCCAGCUUUCGUGGUUUUGACUAUUACUUCGGGAUCCCCUACAGCCAUGACAUGGGCUGCACAGACACCCCCGGCUACAACCUGCCGCCCUGCCCGCCCUGCCCGCAGCAUGGCGUGGCUGCCAGGGUGGCAAGAAAGGACUGUUACAUGGAGGUGGCCCUUCCUCUCUUUGAGAACGUCACCAUUGUCCAACAGCCCGUCAACCUCAGCAGCCUGGCAGCGCGCUACGCGGAGGCGGCAGCACGGUUCAUCCAGCGGGCGAGCGACAGUGGACGCCCCUUCUUCCUCUACCUGGCGCUGGCCCAUAUGCACGUCCCGCUGGGGGUGCCGCCGCCGCUGCCCCCCGCCUCAGGCAAGGGCAUCUACGGAGCCUCCCUCAGCGAGAUGGAUGCUCUGGUGGGACAGAUAAAGCGGGUUGCUGACAGCCACGGAAAGGGCAGCACGCUCUUGUGGUUCACAGGUGACAAUGGCCCCUGGGCGCGGAAGUGCGAGCUGGCGGGACGCCUGGGGCCAUUUGUGGGGGCCUGGCAGAGGCAGCGAGGUGGGAGCUCAGCGAAGCAAACGACCUGGGAAGGAGGGCACCGGGUGCCGGCGCUGGUGUACUGGCCCGGCCGCAUCCCUGCCAAGCGGACGAGCCGUGCUUUGCUCAGCACCUUGGACAUCUUCCCUACGCUGGUGGCCCUGGCUGGGGCGGCGCUUCCCCCGAACAGGCGCUUCGACGGCUUGGACGUGUCCCCAGUUCUCUUUGGGUGGUCGGACGUGGGGCACAAGGUUCUGCUCCACCCCAACAGCGGGGCAGCUGGGAAGGACGGCGAGAUAGAGACGCUACGGCUGGCUCAGUACAAGGCGUUUUACACCACAGGAGGGGCGAUGGCUUGCGAUGGGAGCAUUGGGCCAGCUGAGCAUCACCAGCCACCCCUCAUUUUCAAUCUGGAUCGUGAUAUCCAGGAGCAGGAGCCUUUGGACGUGGCAUCCAGAGAGUAUCAGGCAGUGCUACCUGCAAUCGGCAGGGCUUACGCCCAAGCUCUGGAGGACAUCGCAACAGACAACGUCUCGGUUGCAGAUUACUCCAAAGACCCGGCCGUGACCCCCUGCUGCAACGCACAGCACGUGGCCUGCCGAUGCCAAGCGCCCGGCUCUCAUGCAGCCGCGCUGGACCAUCGCAUGGAAAGAAGAGCAACGCGGCUUUGUCUUUAA